AUCUAUAUUCGUUCCACACACUUCCAAUUAUGGUUGGUUAUCAAAAACGGGAAAGAGGUGCCGAUGAAGAAAGUUGGCGACAAGUUGAUCUCCAAGACCGAAGACGAGUUUGAUGCCGAGGACAUAAAAAAGGUCGAGAACUAUGCAAAGGCAAUAAACAUGCUUUAUUGUGCCAGAAAUCCUGAUGCUCAACCGCCAAGGAGAUGUGGGAUAAACUUGAGGAUGAAGGAGCACGAGAAGAUCGACAACAUGUUCGACCGAUUUUCCAAGAUAGUCAACGAUCUUCAUGCAUUGAAGAAGACUUACACCGAUAGGGAUCUUGUACGAAAGAUCCUACGGAGCUUGACAUCCGAAUGGCGAUCCAAGGCCGAUGUCAUCUAUGAGUCAAUCGGCACGUCAAAUGUCACCAUCGACGGUUUAAGAGGUAACUUAAAAACGUAUGAAUCUACUAUACUUAACCCGUCUUUGAAUGAUCAGGGAAAAGGCAUAGCAUUAAAAGCCUCCAAAGAACCGGCAAUGAAUGAAUCAAGCGACGAAGAUGAAGUCAAGCUUGUCAUGAAGAAGUUUUGUAAACUUCUACGGAAGAAAGAGAAAGUUGAGGAUGACCAUGUGUGCUAUGGAUGUGGUAAAGCUGGGCACAUCAAGAACAAAUGCCCAAGAAGGGGAAGGAAUGCUCGUCACUUCAAAAAGCAAAGAGCAUACAUCUCGUGGGGUGGAGACUCCGGCGAUGAAUCAAGCGAACAAGAGGAAGAAGAGGAAGCAAAUCUUUGUCUCAUAGCUCAAGAAGAAGAGGAGUCCUCCAACAACGAAAACCAAGAGGUACGUAUUUCUUCUACCGGUUCUUAUUCUAUUGAAGAAAUGCAAGAAGCUCUCCAAGAGCUUUAUGACGAGUUUGUUAGCGUUUCUAAAACCAACAAAGCUUUAAAGAAACAUUUUUUUAAUCUUGAAACUGAGUUUGAAAAACUUCAAAAGGAAAACGAAAAACUAAAAGAGGAAAAUAAAUUUUAUGGUAAAAGAAGCGCCGACAAACCCGAGAGCUCUACAAAACCUUGUGACUCUUGCAUAGCUUUGAAAGAACAAGUUGCUGAAUUAGAAAACACGGUGAAGAAAUUUAAUAAACCACAUAAGGAUCUUAAUCUCAUUUUUGAUUCUAUGCAAUACACUAAACAAGGAAUAGAAACACAAACGGAACUCAAUUCGGACCCGUUCGGGGAAAAGAAUGGAGCUGAGGAAUUCUUGGGCGAUCAGAUCGCCGACCCCAUGAUUGCCAAACGGUGGUUUGAGCGAACCAUCCGAGUGUUGGGGAACCUGAGGGUUCCACAGGAGCAGCGUGGCGACCUCGCAGUCGCAUUACUUCAGGAUUCCGCCUACGACUGGUGGACACGUGUGGGAGCAGGCGUCCCGGAGCCCGUGCAGUGGGCCACAUUUGACCGACUCUUCCACGAAGAGUACAUCCCUGAGCACUUCGUUGAGGCGAAGCGGGAGGAGUUUUUGAAGUUCACCCAGGGUGAACUCACACUGCCUGAGUACCGUCAGAAGUUUGACGAGCUCGAGGGGUUUGGGCUAGACCUCGUACCGACCGUGGAAAAGCGAUGCAAACGCUUCGUGGAGGGUUUACGUCCCGACCUUUCGACCCAUCUGAUCAUUGCUCCCCGGAGUGACAUCAAUGCGUUGUACAAGAAUGCGUUGGAUUUGAACGCGGCCCUCAUCGAGAAGGCUGAAUUCACUCCUCAGCUUUUGCUGAGCGUGUAGUUGUUUUUGCUACACGCAGGUAGACAUGACGGAGCAGGUGCCAACCCUGGAGAGCGGUGACGAUGGGGAGACGGGCGGCGCACGGACGAACUCUUAAUUACUUUCAGUAACUUCGUUAACCAAUUGGGCAUGAACCCACCCUUGUCGUUAUUUAAUUUGGACUGAACUUAUUUAAUUACUUCCGCAAUUACUCUGCACUUUCAUUACACACGUUUUGGGAUUAGCUCCCUGGCAUUUAUUCCUCUAAAUAGAACCCAACCGUUUUCUUAUUAAAUAAUCAUUGAUGUUUUCG